CUCAUGAUACCCACCAUUAUCACUCUGCCACCCAUGACAGCUCUCCCACUUUGUCACUCGAUCAUUAAAUUUCUCUCCUUUACUCCCUCUAACCUACAUCUCAAUUCUUCCAUCACAUCUCCUCACACACUCACACUCUCACACUCUCACACCUACGACACCGAACCAUGUCUUCUCCCUCUCGUAUCGUCCGCGUCGGCAUGAUCGGCUGCGGUGAAAUCAGCCAGGUCGCCCAUAUUCCCGCGCUGGGCUUCAUGUCCGACUUCUACCGCAUCACUUACCUGUGCGAUGUGUCCGCCGAUGCCCUCACCCACUGCUCCUCCAAGAUCUCCGGCACCCCGCCAAAGACCACCUUUGAUCCCGAGGAGCUCUGCUCGUCGCCGGAUGUUGAUGUGGUCUUCAUUGCCAACAGCACUGAAUACCACGCCGCACAUGCCAUCCUUGGCCUGAAGCAUGACAAGUUUGUCUUCAUCGAGAAACCCAUGUGCUACAGCCUCCAGGAUGCAGAUGCAAUCAUCGCUGCCGAAAAGGAGAGCAAGGGCACCGUCAUGGUGGGAUACAUGCGCCGGUAUGCAUUGGCUUUCUUGGAUGCCAUUGAGGAAGUCGGCGGCAUGGACAAGAUUCUCUACGCUCGCGUACGAGACAUCAUCGGACCCAAUGCAGGCUUCGUCUCCCAAUCCGGUACCUUUGCCCGGAAAUUUGACGACUUCAAAAAGGCCGACAUAGACGACAAAAACGCCCAAUCCGAUGCGCAAAUGAACCAAGGCCUGACAGUCGAGUGCGGUGUCCCCGUCGACGGCAACACCCGACUUAUGUGGAUGCUCCUCGGCGGGCUGGGCUCGCACGAUUUGAGUGUUAUGCGCGAGGCCCUCGGGAUGCCGACGGCGGUGCGCGGCGCCAGCCUGGGCUUCCCUUUUUGGAAUGCUCUACUGCAGUAUCCUGGGUUCUGCGUGAGCUACGAGAGCGGCAUCGACGGCAUCCCUCGCUUCGACGCGCACAUCGAGAUCUACUCACAGCGCAAGAGCGUGCGCGUCCAAUACGACUCACCAUACGUCAAGGGCUUGCCGACGACCAUGACGGUGUGCGAGGAUGUCAAUGGCGUCUACAAGGAGACGAUGGUGCGGAAGACGUACGAGGAUGCGUACACGCUCGAGUUUAGGGAGCUGCAUGCGCUUGUGACUCAGGGAACUCCCGUCAAGACCACCGCGGCUGAUGCUAGAGCGGAUCUUGAGAUUUUUGGCAUGAUUAUGAAGGCGGGUUAUGACGGGAGUUUCAUGACCGGUGGAUUGCCGGCCAAGGCGAUGAAUGGAAAGCAUAGCACAAAUGGCGUCAACGGCGCCAAGGCGUGACGUCGGCUUAGACUGAAAGACCGAAAUUGUGUUUUAUAGACGAUACUUCAAUUGUAAAAUUCCA